UUCAUUCUCUUGACCACUUGCCCUUCUUACACUCAUAUAAGAAAUUGUAGAAUAUUCUUCCGUGAAAGGAUUUUUUAAAAGUAUUUUUUAAUCUAUAUUUAUAAUUUCUUAUUGGUCAGGUUUAAUCUUUUUAAUAUCUUAAUAUCUGUUUUCUUUGUUAAAUAGAUUCGUGGAGUAACGAUUACUCCCGGCACACUAUAAAAUCUUUCCAUUUUCUUCGAUCAUCCCUCAACAGAAGGAAAUAUUUUGGGUUUCAGAGAGAGAGAGAGAUCAUGGAACAUGGUCAUGAUAUGCCGGGCAUGGGGGGCAUGGGGGGCAUGGCUCCACCGCCGCCCAUGAACAUGGCAGGAACGAUGCAACACCACGAGAUGAUGAUGAUGCACAUGACCUUCUUUUGGGGGAAGAGUACUGAAAUUCUCUUCUCUGGCUGGCCUGGAAGCUCUGAUAAGAGACCACACAUGUAUUUUGUGGCUUUGCUGUUUGUUUUUGUGCUUUCCAUUCUUGUCGAGUGGCUAUCCCAUUGCCAAUUGAUGAAGCCUGGCUCGAACCAUGUGGCGGCUGGUCUAGUCCAGACUCUACUGCACGCUUUGCGGGUUGGUUUAGCCUAUAUGGUCAUGUUGGCUAUCAUGUCUUUCAAUGGCGGCGUGUUCCUGGCUGCUGUGGCUGGGCAUACUCUGGGGUUCCUGUUUUUUGGCAGUAGGGUUUUUAAGAGAACCCAAAAUCCUGCUAAAACCUCUGAUCUUCCUCCAUCGAGUUGUUGAAUUAUGCUCAUCAGGUAUCUGCAGGUUCUUAGGUUUGGCGAUGCACUAGUUCUCUCUAAUUACGCGUUUUUGUUUCCCUUUUUACCCUCUUGAAACUUGAAGAAUAAUUUAUGUUAUGAGUAUUCGGUGUGUGGAUUGUUAUUUGUGCAAAAAUAAAUUUCCAUUAUAUAUAUAUUUGUUAUGAACUA